AGACCUAGUAAAAGACUUAAAAGAAGAAUAUGGAUAUGCAACUAACCAAGCACUAACCUUGGAUAGAAAAGACUUUGAAGUAAUGGAGGAAUAUGAACAGCGAAUCCUAAUGGAAAGAUUCGCUAGACAAAUAGAAUUAUGUGAAAGCGAACCACUACGAGAACAAUUCCAAGCAAAAUAUAGAGAAUUGUUAGAAGUGUCAUUAGAAAACUUAGACAAAAUACAUGAUGACAAAGACGAAGAAGAGCAAAUAUUCCAAGAACAAAUACGAGCCAGAACAAAAAGCUUAGAAUUACCAGAAACAUUACUACCAAGAUAUCCAUAUCGUGAAGAAAACAGAACAACUAGCAGAUAG